AUGUCUCUCAAGAAGGAUUCCUUCCCUGCCUCCGCCGCCUUCGACGUGAUCAACCAGACGCUGCAGGCCGAUGCUGCCGAGCGCAAGGACGCCGUCGACAAGGCCAAGGCCAUCGUUGCCUUCAACCUCAAGAACGAGAAGGGCGAGGAGGCCAGCUGGUACCUUGACCUGAAGAACAAGGGCGAGGUUGGCCAGGGUGCCGCCCCCGCCGGUGGCAAGGCUGACGUCACCCUUACUCUCUCCGACGCAGACUUCGCCUCCCUCGUGGCCGGCAAGGCCAACGCCCAGCGCCUGUUCAUGGGCGGCAAGCUCAAGAUCAAGGGCAACAUUAUGAAGGCUACCAAGAUGGAGCCCAUCCUCAAAAAGGCUCAGGGCAAAGCCAAGCUGUAA